CCUUGAGGCAGCUGCUCUCUGCAGGUUUGAUGUCCUCUUCAGAGCCUGGUUUCUUGCACUGAAAAUGACCCUGCCUCUCCGCCGUGUAGGAAUGGCCACCACUGGGAACCUUUCUGAAGAGCAGGUGCACUGCUCCAUCUGCCUCGACGUCUUCACCAACCCUGUAUCCAUUCCCUGUGGACACAACUUCUGCCAGAGCUGCAUCCUGGGAUACUGGAAAACCAGCCCUUUGUACCAGUGUCCUAUGUGCAAGAAGUCUUUCUACAAAAGGCCUGAUAUUAGCAUUAACACUGUCCUUCGGGAAAUUGCGGAGCAGUUCAAAGAGAUCAGGGUUAGAAGUGCUGAAGGGAAAGUGAGCGAGGAGGAGAAAGACGGGACAGAGAAGAAGUGGACAAUGGAAAGACGGAAAAAGGAGGAUGAAGAGAGGCUUUUGGAAAAAGAUCAGAAGCAGCAGCUCCUGGAGGAGCUGAUGCAGAAGCAAGAGGAGGACAGGAGAAAGAAAGAGAAACCCGGAGAGAAAAAGCCACUACAAGAGGAGCUACCACCACUGAUCCCCCCAGUGCCAGCACCCAAAACCUCUAAUCCGUCGCCCCCCCAAGAAACAGCUCAGGGGCCAACACCUCCUCCACUACCCCAAACAUCACCCCCACCCUCACCUCAAAUCCCUGCUUCUCCAGCGUCUUCCUCCCACUCCUCCUCACUCCCACCUACAUCCUGGGAAGUGGUCUUCUGUGAUGUUUGCCUGGGGGACGGCAGACCAAAAGCGGUCAAAUCCUGCCUUGUGUGUCUGACGUCCUACUGCGAGGAGCACCUGAAAUCUCAUUCCGCCAGGUUCACCAAGCACAAGCUGAUGGAGCCUGUCGCCAACAUGGAGGACAGGAUGUGUCCAAAACACGAAAGGCUCCUGGAGCUGUUCUGCAAGAAGGAUCAGACUUGUGUGUGCGUGCUCUGUACCGAGACGGACCACAGGUCGCACUACACCGUCCCCGUGGAGAGAGAGUGGAUGGAGAAAAAGGCUCAUCUGAAGAGGACAGAGAUAGACGUCCAGCAGAUGAUCCAGGACAGAGUGAAAAAGGUGGAGGAGAUCAAAGAAUCUGUGGAACUAAACAAAGCCAGUGCUCAGAGAGAGGUCGAGGAAAGCGUGCAUGUCUUCUCAGAGCUGGUGCGCUCCAUCCAGAGGACUCAGGCCGAGCUGGUUUUGUCCAUAGAGGAGAAGCAGAGGCAGACAGAGAGGUGGGCUGAAGGCUUCAUCACUGAACUGGAGCAGGAAAUCGCUGAGCUGAAAAGGAGGAAAACAGACUUGGAGAAUGUGGCUCGGACCGACCACAUUCACUUCUUGAAGAACUUCCCAGCCCUUAGUGCUCCUCCUUCUGUUAAAGACUGGUCUGAGACCAGCGUUCCCACUGACACCUGUGUAGGCAUGAUCAGGAGAUCAGUGUCCAGACUGGAGGCAACGUUGAAUGAAAUGAUUGACAAACUGGCAGAAAGUGAAAUCAAAAAGAUCCUGAAAUAUACAGUGGACGUCACGCUGGACCCUGACACGGCCAACCCUUGGCUGCAGCUUUCUCAGGACAGACGUCAGGUGAGACACCUGGGUGCAUGGCAGGACCUCCCAGACCACCCGGAUCGCUUUGACACGGUGGUCAUCGUCCUGGGCCGUGAAGGCUUCACCUCAGGGAGACAUUACUGGGAAGUUCAGGUGGGGGACAAGGACGACUGGUACCUGGGUGUGGCCAGGUCUUCAGUCAACAGAAAGGGCAGGAUCUCUGUCAGCACCACCCAAGGCUACUGGGCUCUGGCCAUGAAGAAGGGCCAGGGGUACCGGGCGUCAACAUCCCCUCCAACACUGCUCUCCCCUGACCCCAAACCCAAACGAGUGGGUGUGUACGUGGACUACGAGGAGGGUCAAGUGUCCUUUUAUGAAGUGAGGGCUCGGACCCACAUUUAUACUUUCAAAGAUACAUUCACGGAGAGGAUCUUGCCCUUUUUCUACCUGUACUGCUGCGACAAAACCUCUGAUACCAUCGUCAUUUGUCCAGUGAAUGAGAAAAGCCCGAUCAAGCAAAGCUAAUGAUAAAUUUGCCAAAAAACACUGAGAAGCCCUUACAAAAGUGACAGCAUUUUGCUGCAGUUGUACCUGUUUUGAUGAAACUGUGUUUUAGUGUAUAUGUGUAUUUAUUACAUGAAUUGUGUAGAUCAACACACUCAACACGUUGCUCCUGGAAGUUCCAGCUUAGAAUGGGUAGUUUGACAUUUUGUGAAAUAUGCUUAUUCACUUUCUUUUAUUUAAUCUGUACAAAAUAUGGAGUGUAGUUAUGUUCACAAAUAUUUCUCUGUUUUUUUGUACAGAUUGAUCCAAAUUAAACAUACCUUUAACACAAUUUAUUGAACUUUAGAGGUGCUGGAAGGCUGGAUGACUUGACAGGGUCAUUCUUUAUGCUAUGCUAAGCUAACCUGUAGUUUUGCAUUUACCACACAGUCAUGAGAGCGGAAUUAUCUGUCUAUAAACUAUAAACAAGAACUCAAAGGAUGGUGUUUCCUAAAAUGAACCGUUUCUUCUAAAUGCAUGUCUCAAAAAAGUGUGGUUCACAUCCGAUUUGCAUGCUGAUUUUUAAUAAGCUCGGAUGUUGUAUGCCGAAAAAAGAUUUUCUUGAUUUGUAACAAUAAAUAUUCUCUCAAGUGUCA